UUCUUCCGCAGCCAGUGGAGGGGAAGAUGGCGGCGUCCAGGAGCGUGGAAGAGAUGCGGAGCCGGGUGGUCCUAGGCGAGUUUGGCGUCCGCAACGUCCACACAACAGACUUUCCUGGGAAUUACUCUGGAUAUGAUGAUGCCUGGGACAAGGAGAAGUUUGAAAAGAAUUUCAGAGUAGAUGUGACGCACAUGGACGAAAGCACUUUGGAAUUUGACAUGGUGGGGAUUGAUGCUGCCAUUGCUAAUGCCUUCCAACGCAUCUUGCUUGCUGAGGUGCCAACCAUGGCCGUAGAGAAGGUCUUUGUGUACAAUAACACCUCCAUUGUGCAGGAUGAAAUUCUAGCUCAUCGCUUGGGACUGAUCCCUAUCUGUGCAGAUCCUCGUCUCUUUGAAUACAAGAGUGAAGAAGAUGAAUGUGAUGAAAUUAACACUCUGCAAUUCCAGUUGAAAAUAAAGUGCCACAGGAAUCCUCAGGCAGCCAAGGAAUCGUCUGACCCUAACGAACUGUAUAUCAACCAUAAAGUUUACAGCAAGCACAUGGAAUGGGUGCCACUGGGCUCUCAGGCUGACAACAUGAAUGCCAAGUUCCGUCCUGUACAUGACGACAUCCUCAUUGCCCAGCUGCGGCCCGGCCAAGAGAUCGAUGUACUUAUGCACUGCGUCAAAGGCAUUGGUAAAGACCAUGCAAAGUUUUCUCCAGUGGCUACAGCCAGUUACCGGCUAUUGCCAGAAAUCACUCUACUACAGCCUAUCAGAGGAGAAGCAGCUGAGAGGCUGAAGAACUGCUUUUCUGCUGGGGUUAUUGAGGUCCAGGAAAUCAAAGGGCAAAAAGUGGCAAGAGUGGCUAACGCUCGCUUGGACACAUUCAGUAGAGAAAUUUUUCGUCACAAUGACCUGAAAAACCUUGUGCGCUUGGCUCGGGUGCGAGAUCACUACAUCUUUUCUGUUGAGUCAACAGGUGUCUUGCCUCCAGAUGUGCUGAUGAGUGAAGCAAUCAAGGUAUUGAUAGGAAAGUGUCAGCAGUUCCUGGAGGAGCUUAAAUUCAUCCAAAAGAAAUAAGUUUUUCUUUCUGAAAAGUUCAGUAUAAGGAUUCACUUGGUUGGGAUCGCUGCAGCUGUGUCAUGAAGGAGGGCGUCAACCAAGUCUGGGUCAAUAGACAAGGAGAAAUGGACCCUCUACCACAGAUGUGAAAGACUGAAGCAAGUGGCUGUGUACCUUUUACUUUUGUGGCACUCAAUUUGAUAUGUGGCUGAAAAGGCAGGGAUAUGUGAUGCCACAAGGCAGCUUAUUGCAAAGACCAAAUUUGCCAGAUAUAAGUGGAUAAAAAAUAUCCUGCAAGCAGAAGAUGGGUAGGCUCCAGCAAUUGCAAUAUCUUCUAAGUUGCUUUUUUAAAGACUACAUCAGACCUGUAUCAGGACCACCUUUUCUGAGAAUUGCCAUUAACUUUCCACUGAUGUAUAUUGAUGGAUAAUCUCAAAGGUGCUACACAGUAAGGUCUAAUGCCUAUGAUGAUUCUUCUGCCACUCAAAUAGCAGAAUUCUAAAAAAUAUGGUGUUAUUGAGCUUCUCUAUUAUUUAUUAAAUAUUUUUGAGGCCUCAAAAA